AUGCGAUCAUUCAAUAUCCUAGCGUUACUACCGCUGGUACUCGCAAAUCCGUUGAAUGUUCGCACCACCGCCUGCAACAACUCUCCCGACCUCUGCGACAAGAGUUACGGCGAGAUCACACACCUGGGUGCCCACGACAGUCCAUUUGUCCGCGACUCUAGCACUGAUGAAUCUAUUGCUGGUGAUCAAUAUUACGACACUACUACCCAACUCGAUGCUGGCGUCCGACUAGUAACCGCCCAAGUCCACAAGAGCGACUCCGCAUGGCACCUGUGCCACAGCAGUUGUGAUCUGCUUGACGCGGGAUUAUUAAAGACCUGGCUGGGCAAGAUCAAGACCUGGCUCGAUGACAACCCCAACGAAGUUGUCACCAUCCUUCUUGUCAACUCUGACUCUGCAACGGCCGCCGAACUCGGCGCCAUCUACGAGGAUGCCAACAUCACCAGCUACGCCUAUGAGCCUAGCUCCCUAACCACUGCACCAUCCUCCUGGCCAACCCUCCAAGAAAUGAUCAACAACGGCACCCGGCUCGUGAACUUUGUCGCAUCCCUCGACGCAAGCUCCAGCUACCCCUACUUGCUGGACGAGUGGGAUUUUGUCUGGGAAAACAACUAUGACGUGACCGAUGCCUCCAACUUCACCUGCACACCCAACCGACCCUCCACCUACGAGAACGAUCUCUCCUCCGCGCUCGCGUCCAACUUUCUCCCUCUGAUGAAUCACUUCCUCUACUCUACCAUUUCGGUUCUCGACAUCGAGUACCCGAAUGCCAGCUACGUCGCCACGACGAACGCCCCGUCCGGUGGUACAGGUAACCUGGGAUCGACGGCGACAAAGUGCAAGACAGCAUACAAUGGUCGCCAGCCCACGUUCAUCCUCGUGGACUUUUUCAACCGUGGCCCGGCUAUCGAUACCGUUGACAGCUUGAACAAUGUUACCAAUGCUGUGGGCAGAACCUCCGUCUCGACGUCUGCGUCGACAUCGAGUAGCGAUGGUUCUACCGUCAACGGCGUUCUCACAAGUCUAGUCAACCUAGCCGAGUCCGCUCGGUCAGGCUCCACUCCCACUAUGGGUAAUUGGGUCUGGGUUGGCGGCAGUUGGGGUAGUAUUCUCGGAGGUGGCAUCAGCCUUUGA